AUGACCGCGACCGCAGCCCUCCUGCCCGUCCUCUUGCUCCUGCUGGCCUUCGGCCACAGUUCCCAUGGAGCUGAGUGCCUCCCGGCCUGCCACCCUCAGCAUGGACUCUGCGAGGACGACAAUGUUUGCAGGUGCCAGCCUGGCUGGCAGGGUCCCCUGUGUGACCAGUGCGUGACCUCUCCUGGCUGUGUUAAUGGACUCUGCGAGGAACCCUGGCAGUGCGUUUGCAACGACGGCUGGGAAGGGACCCUCUGCGACAUAGACACUCGGGCUUGCACCUCCGUCCCCUGUGCCAACAACGGGACCUGCGUGGACCGCGUCAACGGCAGCUACGAGUGCUCCUGUGCCCCUGGGUUCUCGGGAAAGGACUGUCAGAAGAAGGACGGGCCGUGCGUGAUCAAUGGUUCUCCCUGCCAGCACGGUGGCACCUGCGUGGACGACGAUGGCCGGGCCUCCCAUGCCUCCUGCCUGUGCCCCCCUGGCUUCUCGGGCAACUUCUGCGAGAUCGUGGCCAACAGCUGCACCCCCAACCCGUGCGAGAACCAAGGCAUCUGCACCGACAUCGGGGGUGACUUCCGCUGCCGCUGCCCCACCGGCUUCGUGGACAAGACCUGCAGCCGCCCGGUGACCAACUGUGCCUCCGAUCCGUGCCUGAACGGGGGCACCUGCCUGCAGCACUCCCAGGUGAGGUUCGAGUGUCUGUGCAAGCCCGAGUUCACAGGCCCCAUCUGCGGCAGGAAGCGCGCGGCCGGCUCCCAGCAGGUCACCCGUCUGCCCAGCGGGCACGGCCUGCCCUACCGCCUGACCCCCGGGGUGCACGAGCUGCCCGUGGCGCAGCCUGAGCACCGCGUCCUCAAGGUGUCCAUGAGGGAGCUCAACAAGAGCACCCCGCUCCUCUCCGAGGGCCAGGCCAUCUGCUUCACCAUCCUGGGCGUGCUGACCAGCCUGGUUGUGCUGGGCACCAUGGGCAUCAUCUUCCUCAACAAGUGCGAGGCCUGGGUGUCCAACCUGCGCUACAACCACAUGCUGAAUAAGAAGAAGAAGCUGCUGCUGCAGUACAACAGCGGGGAAGACCUGGCUGUCAACAUCAUCUUCCCCGAUAAGAUCGACAUGACCACCUUCAAGGAGGCCAGCGACGAGGAGAUCUAAGCAGCGUUCCCACCGCCCCCUCUACCCGCGGUCCCGCCAGCUCACUAUACGCGGUCUGUUCUCACCUUUGUGGUGGUGGUAUUUGCUAUCUCUCGUGUCCAAUCUGGUGAACGCUGUGCUCCCCUCUUACCUCUGUGUUGCUGUGUGACCGAUGCAAUGCUGAAACAA